AUGCAGAUAGUAUGGGGGGGGUUAGGAUGGCAUUUGCGAAAUGGAUAUAAUAACAAGAAAAAUACUAACAUCGCUUUUUUUCAUAGAAUGUCUAAAUCCAAGAACCACACCAACCACAACCAGAUCAAGAAGGCUCACAGGAACGGAAUCAAGAAGCCAAGAUCCUACAAGUACCCAUCUUUGAGGGGUGUGGACUCUAAGUUCAGAAGAAACCACAGAUACGCACUUCAUGGUACUACCAAGGCUUUGGCUGCCAAGAAGGCUGCUGCCACCAAGGCUUAA